UAUCUGUUGUUUCCGGUAGCUGGACGGUUGUCUGACCGUCUGACAGCUGGUUCAGACAGCAGUCGGACUGUUGAUGGACUAUAUUUCCUUCCUGAGGAUAUUUCACCGACACGGUUGAGAGCAGCGGACCCGAGCCAGAGCUGCACCGGUCCGGCCAUGGACGAGCAGGCGGGCCCCGGUGUCUUCCUACCCGGCGGUGGGAAUAUUAAAGCUCCGCAGACUGGCGACGUCGGCGGCGGAGAGGCGGCCAGGGCUCAGUACAGCAUCCCGGGGAUUUUACACUUUCUCCAGCAUGAGUGGGCCCGCUUCGAGGUGGAGAGGGCGCAGUGGGAGGUGGAGCGGGCCGAGCUGCAGGCUCAGAUCGCCUUCCUGCAGGGGGAGAGACGAGGUCAGGAGAACCUGAAGAAGGACCUGGUGAGGCGGAUCAAGAUGCUGGAGUACGCCCUCAAACAGGAGAGGGCCAAAUAUCAUAAACUGAAAUAUGGGACAGAACUGAACCAAGGGGAGAUUAAACCUCCUAGUUAUGAUUCAGAUGAGGGGAAUGACAGUGAGGCUCCCAGUCCUCCCAACAGCAGCCAUCAGCUCAGCUGGAAACAAGGACGCCAGCUGCUCAGACAGUACCUGCAGGAGGUGGGAUACACCGACACCAUCCUGGAUGUGAAGUCUCAGAGGGUGAGGGCACUGCUGGGUCUGACCGGAGACUCAGGAGAGAAACCUUCAGAGAAGAAAACCGAACCGAUGGUCAACGGCACCGAACCCUCCUCUCUGAAGGACAGCGGCAUGGUCAGUAAACCGGACAUGUCGGACUCGGCCACCGUGUUGGAGGCCUUUAAGUUCAUAGAAAGCGCCGCAGCAGAAUUCAGCGACGAGGACGAGGAGGAGGACAGCGAAGGACGGGAUAAAACCAUCCUGGAUCUGGCUGCAAUGGUGAGGAAGAAGCAGUCGUCUACUCCGUCUUCCACGACCUCUGACCUCAGCGACGACCCCGACACAGAGGAGGCCCUGAAGGGUUUCGAUUUCUUGGCCAGUCCGGACGAACUGGACGGAUCACCUGACAGGAGCGGAGAGGACAGCGGAGAGUGGGAAAAGGAAGAGCAGUCUCCUCUGGGUGAACUGGCCUGGGAUGUGGACCAGGGACUGAUAGCCCAGCUCAAGGAGCAGUACAGGAAGGAACGCAAGGGCAAGAAGGGGGUGAAGAGACCAAACCGGUCUAAGCUCCAGGACAUGCUGGCCAACCUGCGGGAGGUUGUGGAGCUUCCCUCCAUGCAGCCCCCUGUGACGCCCCCCUCCCGGCCCAGUGUGCCCAGACUCAAUGAGCAUGAAGUGGGACGCCCAGAAGAAGAGGCCAUGACCUUCCUGCCGUCAUCGGGGAAGUCGUUCAUACUGGGCAGAGUGGACGAGGCGGUUUCCAACGAGCUCGGACUGGGAGAACUGGCCGGACUGACCGUCGCCAACGAGGCCGACAGCCUGGCUUUUGAUAUCACCAACAACAAAGACGCGCUGAGGAAGACGUGGAACCCGAAGUUCACCCUGAGGAGCCACUUCGACUCGGUCCGCGGCCUGGCGUUCCACCCGGUGGAGCCCGUCCUGGUCACCGCCUCCGAGGAUCACACCCUCAAACUGUGGAACCUCCAGAAGACGGCGCCCGCCAAGAAAUGUGCAGCUUUAGAUGUGGAGCCCAUCUACACAUUCAGAGCUCACAGCGGUGCUGUCCUGUGUGUCACUAUGAGCUCGAGCGGUGAGCAGUGCUUCAGUGGGGGGGUGGACGGUACCAUUCAGAGCUGGAACACCCCGAACCCCAACAUCGACCCCUACGACUCAUAUGAGCCGUCAGUCCUGCGGGGGGCGCUCUGCGGUCACACAGACUUGGUGUGGGGUGUGGUCUACAGCUCCGCCCACCACCGCCUCCUCUCCUGCUCGGCCGAUGGAACGGUCCGGCUCUGGAACGCCGCCGACACCUCGCCGUCUCUCGCUGUUUUCAACGAGCGAGGAGAGCUCGGCGUGCCGACCUCGGUGGACGUGGUGAGCAGCGAGCCGGCUCACAUGGUGACGUCAUUCACCACCGGCCACAUCGGACUCUUCAACAUGGAGACGCAGCAGCUCGUCCUGAAGCUGGAGUCCGCCGGCCCGCCAGAAGCUCCCUGCAAGAUCAACAAAGUGCUGAGUCAUCCCACGCUGCCAAUCACCAUCACAGCCCAGGAGGACCGGCACAUCCAGUUCUUCGAUAAUAACACAGGUAAACUGAUUCACUCAAUGGUCGCCCACCUGGACUCCGUCACAAGUCUCGCUGUGGAUCCAAAUGGACUGUACCUCAUGUCUGGAAGCCACGACUGCUCGAUCCGUCUGUGGAACAUGGAGAGCAAGACAUGCAUCCAGGAGUUCACCGCCCACCGCAAGAAGUUUGAGGAGUCCAUCCACGACGUGGCGUUCCACCCCACUAAGUGCUACAUCGGCAGCGCCGGGGCAGACGCACUUGCCAAGGUCUUCGUAUGACCCGACACCGGUCUGCAGCUGACUGUCGGACUCGAGCGUCAAGUAAAGGAGACGCUGUGAUGGAAGAGGGCGGGGUUUGUUUUGGUGUUUUUUGGACAAAUGGAGGAGUUUGUUUCCGAAGCAGGAGGAAUCAUCAGGUGGUCAGCUGGUGACAGUGACCCUGACUGCUCAUUAAAGAUUUGUCAAAUAUUCGUCCCCACCCCCCACACCCUCUGGACUCGGGCUGGCCUGGGUCCCGAAACAAACAAACCUCUGGAUGAGACGAUAAAUGAGAGCAAAACGGGGAAAAGGCAAAAGAAAUUAAUAAAAAACAGGAACCCUCGGUACACUUUACUAAAGCUGGAAUCUAUUUUCUUUUUCUUUAACAGGUAAACAUACAAACUCUCCUCAUUAACCCCGAACACUCCCGUAAACAUCCUGUCGACAUAUUGCUUUGAAAUAUUUGUCAUAAUAAUGUGCCUUUUUUCUUCAGAACAUAAAUUCUUUUAAGUGUUGAGGAAAAUUGAUUUUGAAUUGAUCAGAAGUUGUGGGAGCCAGUUUGAUUUUUUUUUUUCCCUCCAAACAGCAAAUUAACAAACCGAAUAUGUUUCAUCCAACAUGUGAAGAAGGAGACUAGAAGGAGAAGGAGACCCCACAUUUAUGAUCCAAACUAAAAUGAGCACUAAUAUUUCACCUCAAGAUGACGUCCGACUGCACAGGACUUUUGCUUUUAAAUUAAUUUGGUGUGAUUUUUAUUAUUUCCUGUCCCAAGUUUUUCAUGUAACCUGAAGAAGAAGAGUUUGAUUUUUGAGAGCGAAUGACAACAUGACGGCAGAGAUUCAUCCCUCUGGAGGUCAGAUCUCCGACACCUGACAAAUUUAAAUCUAAAAUAAGAUGCUUUUAGAUGUUUUGAACACUGUGACGUCUGCUAAAUGAUAUGAAAUUAACUCUUGGUACCAAGUCUGACCAGAAAGUGACAUCAAAAAUCCCACAUCCUCCCAAAAUAGGUUGUGGCAGGUGUUUUUCUGUAAAAAUGACUACUUGCCAGACAAACACUGUCUAUUCAGGAGAACAUAUUCAUAACAUUGACUCGUGUCUCUUGAUGACUUCAGACCAUACUGCGUCUGCUUUGUGGAGAAGUUUAUACUGAAGCAGAGUCAGAAAUUAACUCUCUGCUCCCUCAAAGGUUGUCAGAGUUGAGCUAUAGGUGAAAGCUCCACAAGUGAGUCCACUAACCGUGGUCAUUGGUCUGAAAUGUCGCUGUUGUAAAUGCUUCUGUUACCAGGCCUUUACUUGCAGAAAGAGGCUGUUGUAGCCGCACUUUUGGACAAAAUUCUCCUCCACAACAAUUUCCUGUAUAGUCCUCUAUUGUUGCAGAUCCAUUUUUAGAGGAUGAGACUGGUGAUUUUCUAUAUUUUUCUUAUUGUCAACAAAUCUUCAUGUUUGGAUCCAAACCAACAACGAACUGAUCUA